GGUGCAUUGGCGCCAAUGCAGGCAAUCCAGUAUUGCUCCCUGUGCUUGCAUAAUCGUUCAUGUUCCUACAGGCUUUGAUUCAGGCAUUCAUCUGUGGACCCCAAACGGCUCUCUCCAAUCGCAGUCGCGAACGUCCUCUUCAUGCUUCAGCUUGGGCUGGACUGCAGCAGUGAGGAGCCAGGUGAGUUAUAUUGUGCAUAGACAGCUGUGGGAAGAAUGAGGGUUGGGUUACACCUUCAUGUCACAUACUGCCCGGUUGAAGGACCGCGAGAUCUACGCCCGCCAUGUCAAAUGUGAGUGAUUUGCGUCGAAGAUCACGAAACAUGACCCUCUGCGCAGUCACAAUGCCGGCUGAAGUAAGUACAGUGUUGCUUGUAACAGAGUUCGAGACAUGACAGCACAACGUAUGUGAACCGUUCGUGUCGGUCUAUUCCUGAAAAAGUGGGCGCACUUCUACUUUACGAGACAUCUCUCAAAACGUAUGUCUCAACCACAAAUUACUAUUAUAGGUGCCGGCCUUUCGGCACUAGUAUUCGGACAAUGUUUGCGAUACCACGGAGUUUCUGCCGUGCUCUACGAAAGAGACGCAGCUCGUACUUUCUCAACAAGACACAACUACGGCAUGACGUUGCAGCCUACCGCAUACCGGCCACUGCUUCCGUACAUCAAGUUUGACGACCACGGGUUCCGGAGAAGUUUCGCCGUUGACUCUGCCAGUGGUGGAGUCGGUCGGCUGCACGGUAGAUCUCACUAUGCGAACAGUAAUGAUGAAGACUUCCGCGCCAAUAGGCGGAAACUGGAGCAGCGUUUGAGCGAGGGCCUCGACAUAAGGUUUGAGCAUGAGCUUACCGACAUCAAGCAUGAAGGCGGUCUCAAUAUACUGCUCUUCCGCAAUGGGCGGGAAGUGCAGUCAAACGUGGUGAUUGGCGCAGACGGACCGCACUCACAGGUGCGCAAACUCAUCUCGCACACUAGCGAUUUCAAGAUCCUACCAUUCGUGGUGUACAAUGGCAAACGGCGAGUCAACCGUGAGCUCUGGCAUGAUAUAUUCGCUCCACACCUAGAUGGCACGGUCACGGAGCAAAGGCAGGGGCAAACGCUCAUGCAAGUCACCAUCAACGAUGAGACGAAGGAGCACGUGAGCAUCAGCUACACCUACUCACGUCCGGCGAGAGACUCGGACCCGCUGUUCAUCCCAGAUAGGUCGACUGCAGGAGCGACAGGCAUACCGAACGCCUUUUUCGAGGAAGUAGCCGGGCUUCGGAACCUGGAUGGCUUGUUCAAGUACAUCUUCGACGCGCAAGCGAUGCGAUCUGAUCGGCUGCUCAAUUGGCUGAUGCGUUCUGUGCUUGUCGAAGCUACCCAGCUGCAUGAAGCGGCGAAGCACGGUACCAUUCUGAUAGGCGAUGCCACGCAUGCUGGGCCGAUUCUUGGCGGCUACGGUGCAAAUCAGGCGAUCUCGGAUGCUAUUGAGCUGGCUGAGUUCAUACAUGAGAAGGGAGUGUACGAGCUCGCCUCCUACUAUGAGUCUCGAUAUGAAAGAUGGCGGAAGUAUGUUGAGGCGAGCGAGAUGACGCUUGCGGACUUACAUCGUGAGACACAGCCGAACCUGUAGCAGAGCGUACGUGCAAGUGCUGUGCCACGUUGUCGUGGUGAAUGUGUUGAACUGCACUCUCGUGACGUCGCGUCAUGCUCGUGCCUUCCCCACACGACUUAUCCUCAGAGAUCGCUACGUGCAGCACAUAAUCUGCGAACCCUCAACACAAGUCUGGCAAACGCCAAGUGUACCUCUCAGUGAGCAGAUUCUCUGACUUGGCCGAUAGCAUGGCUGGCCAGAUACCCAAAAAUAGUGUCUGGUCAGCGAUGAACUACACGCCACCACGUGGCCGCUGCAACUAUAAGAGUUCGUUGAUGGCGCCGGCUUGUUCAUGCCUACGUUUCAUGCUUCACCCCGUCAAAGUAAGCCCCCAAACCGCCUCUUAUCCUCCCAAACUUGCUGAUGCCGAGCCAGGCCGCCACAAGCUUCGAGUGCGACGGCUGCUCGCAUCAC